GAUACAUUUUGACACCCAGAAACUGAACUCAAGUCUUGACGCGUGAGGAUACAGGAAGGUGAUCUCCGGCCUCUUCCUGUAUCUCUUGCCGGUCAAACACCUGUGUCUCCCCUCUUCGCUCACCGAACCAGCACAUAUAUACUGUUUCAUGUCCCCCCCAACAAGUAUCUCAUGUCAUCCAGACUACAAGCAUAGGAGACAAAGCUUUAGCCCAUGCCAGUAUUGACAUAAUCUCGUCCCACUUCUUCAACCAAAGCUCAAAGAGUUGGUCCAUCAUGGCAUUACCCCUCUUCCCAGCUCUGGCUCUUGUCUCACUGGCAGUGCUCGCCGGGUACAAGUUUAUAUUCCGCCCGAUCUUCUUCCAUCCUCUCCGCCAUAUCCCCUCCGCCCACUGGUCCAUUCCGGUUUUUGGGGAUACUUGGAUUACCUGGCAGCGAUACAAAGAACGCAACAAUGCCGUCACAUAUGCGGCACAUCUCCAGCAUGGUCCCGUCGUAAGGAUGGCCAGAAAUGAGUUGAGCGUGAAUUGUGUCGACAAUGGUAUUCGGACCGUCUAUGGAGGAGGAUGGGAGAAACAUGCUUGGUACCCUCAGAGAUUUGCGAGUUAUGGGGUCAUCAACAUGUUCUCCACCAUUCACCAUAUGCCACAUUCGCAAAAGAAACGGACCAUAGCCAAUGUUUACUCAAAGUCGUACAUGGCGAGCUCCACCCAAGUGGCAGCCAACGCCAUGACGUUGUUCUCUACCCGCUUCCUACCCUUGCUGGAACAAGUCAGUCAGACUGCAGAGCCUGUCGACGUGCACGACAUGAACAACGCAAUGGCUAUGGAUUUCAUGUCUGCUUUUCAAUUUGGCCUGUCUGCGUCCACCAACUUCACCCAGGACCUCGCCGCCAGGAGGAAAAUCCUCCAUCUCUAUCACUGUCGUCGCGAUUACGAGUUCUUUUCCGCUGAAAUGCCGUGGGUCAAGGCUUUGACUCGCAAACUUGGCUUCCCAGUCGUACCCCAAUUUGUCGAUGACGCGAAUGUCUUGCUCGAAAACUGGAAUGCGGACAUGUGCCGAGGCGCAGAGUCCUAUCUUUCGUCCCAGCAAAACAUUUCUGCAUCACCAGGUAAUGAGCCCAUCGUGUACAAGCAGUUCAAGACUGGUCUGCUCAAACUCCGAGAGAAGGACCCAUCAGCGGGUAAACCGUUGGCCGAGGAUCAAGUGAUCCUCCCAACUUCUCGACAUGACGAGGGGCCAAAAGGCGACUCGAACGACAACACCACAGACACCUCAACAGCGGAAAUUUACAGUGAAAUGCUAGACCAGCUGGGUGCAGGUCACGAAACUUCAGCCAUUGCCCUUACGUAUCUGUAUUGGGAAAUGAGUCAACGUCCACAGCUGCAGAAACAACUCCGCGACGAAGUUCUGACACUGGAUCCCCCGAUCCUCUGGCCUCGACCAAAAUCCGACGGAGAGUUCCAGCUUCCCAGCCCUAAGCAAAUCGACGCGCUACCCCUUCUCAACGCCAUAGUGAUGGAGACCCUCCGCCUGCACACUCCAAUCCCCGGCAUUGAGCCACGAAUCUCUCCCCACACGCCGGGAGGAAACACGUUGGGCAAUUAUGGGAACAUUCCCGGUGGCGUCAGAGUCUCGGCUAUGCCAUAUACACUGCACCGUAAUCCUGAAGUUUUCCCGGAUCCCCACUCUUUUAUUCCUGUGCGGUGGCUUCCUUCACACACAUCAAAAGAUCAAUUGUUGGAAAUGAAUCGAUGGUUUUGGGCUUUCGGGUCCGGUGGCCGGAUGUGUAUUGGGAGUCAUCUAGCAACUCAGGAGAUUAAGUUGUUGGUUGCCGCCAUAUAUACCAACUGGACCACUGAGAUCGUCGAUGAUGACGGUAUAGAGGAGAUUGACGCUUAUACGACCAAACCUAAGAGUAAUCGAUUGAUACUGCGUUUCAAGCAUGUUUAAAGCAGAAGGAUAGUUCAGAAGAGGCGGAGAAGAAGCUGGCGGGGUGAGGACCUACAGGACAUUAGCAGACACAUGAUUACGCACUUGCCUAGUUCGAAUCAUAUGACCCAGCCAUUCCGAAGUGAUAUUACAAGCAAUAUUACG